AUGUGUCUCAGUGGUAUAGCGUUGGGUUACAUAGCAGGAAGGUCGGGUGUUCGACCCUUGGCCGAGAUAAUUUCGAUGUUCGACGUAAUCGACUAUCUAAUCUUUUGUGGGGUACAAUUUUUGACUUUAUGUUUCGGUUUUUUGAAAAACCCGAACGGUACGCAUCCUGGAAACGCGGGAGUAUGCCCAGUUGCUCUAUCGCUCGUCGCAAGUCAAAUUUCCGGCUUUACAAUAUUGGGGCAGUCGUCCGAUGUGUACGUCUACGGCGCAAAUUCGGCGUGGAUGUCUCUUUCGAUAUUCCUGGCAAGUCUUAUUGGAUACUUUGCAUUUUUACCGGUGCUGACCGAAUUGAAGAGCCCAAACGUUUUGGAGUAUUUCGAACUACGAUUUAGUAGAAGAAUUAAGACUAUGGCUACAUAUGUAACCAUACUACAAGGUUUUGUCUACAGUGCGAUUCUGGCGUAUAUCCCUUCGAUAGCGGUGUCUCAAGCAACUGGAAUCAAUCCGCGUAUUAUAACCAUGGUUCUUUGUACGAUUUGUGUGUGCUGCACUGUCAUUGGGAACUUCAAAGCCGGAAUUUGCAUGGAUGCACUUCAAACCCUUGGAAUUACGCUGGUGCUGGUCACCGUAGUUUUUAUUGGGGUAACCUCGUUAGAAGGCAUUCACGUUGUACUAGAAAAGGCGAUACAUGGCAAUCGAUUCGAUUUUAAUUUCAGUUUUGAUCUCACGCAAAGAGACGGAUUUUGGCAGAUGAUGUUGGGUUCGACCACCCUGUGGCUUUUUACAGUCAGCUUUCAACCGGGAUCUGUCCGGAAAUACACUACACUAUCAACACAUGCCGACAUGAAAAAGGUGCUCUUUUUACAAUGUUGUGGGGUUGCGGUAAUAACAUUGCUAAGCGUAUUUAACGGCAUUAUCAUGUAUGCUAAAUAUGAGAACUGCGAUCCUAUUUCGGCAGGUGAAAUAGCCGGUAUGGAUGAAAUGUUGCCCUUUUUCGUAAUGGACGUUAGUAAGGACGUUCGUGGAUUGAGCAGUGUCUUUGCGGCUAUAAUAUUCAGCGCAGCCUUGAGUACCCUGAUAUCAAUGUUUAAUACCCAGGCUGUUACCAUAUAUGGUGAAAUCGUGGCUGCACUUUUACCUACGCGUUUUUUAAAGAAGGGUUUUAUCGUAAAACUGCUCGUGAUAUUUUCCGGGCUCAUGUGCCUUGUUUUGACCUUAUACCUAGAGCAUAUGGGUGGUUUAUUUGCUUUUUGCUAUGCUUCAAUGGGCCUGGCCUUUGGACUAUACGUCGGACUGUAUACGCUUGGUAUUGUAUUCCCUUCGGCAAACUCAAAGGGCGCGUUAUUUGGAGCAUUGUCGGCUAUUUUUGUCAUCGGUCCAAUAGUAGUAUUGAACAGAUCGUAUGGUAGGCGAGGCAUGGACCAAAGUUUUGCACAACCUGUUUCAGUAGACGGUUGCGCAGUUUUUCACAACAUGAGCUAUUCUCGAACAACACCAGAACAACCAUUCGUGUUGUUUCGGUUGUCGUUUUGGUACAACUCAGUCAUGAGCUCUUUAAUGGUAAUUGCGGUCGGCCUUCUGAUAAGUUGGUUUACUAGUCCUGACCCAGUCAUCAUCCCUUCCAGUAUGUUCAGUCCUAUCUUACGCUUUACUCGUACAAAAACUAGUAAAGUCCAAAACUCUGUACAAGACUAUGUCCCAGUUCACGGUGACGAAAACACUUACAAAAAUGGCAUAAAAUAGUCGUGGAUCACAAAAUCAACCGGAAUUCUGUAAUUAGUUGACUCCUCCCCAAGUUAGAGGAAACAAUUAAAGAGGAA